AUGAAGGAAAACUCUACAUUCACUUUGGAAAAUGAGUCUCUAUUGUCUAGGCCAACUUAUGGUGGCAUCAAGAGGUACAUGAGGCGGCGGCGCUACCACCGCCUCGACGAAAACGGCGGAACUAAGACCUCGAAGACAGUUUGGUUGACUGGGCCACCACGGCCGCGGCGGCGUUGGAGGAUUAAGGCAAUAAGAAGGCUAACAUGGGUGGCUAUUAGGUCACCAUUGAAGAUGUGGACAAAGAUCAAGAAUGCUUACAUGAAUUUCAUGUUGAGUUCCAUGAACAUUGAUAACCCUUUUGGUGAGAAAAGGAUUCCAAAGACUCAUGCAUUGCCAAAGAAUUAUUCACGUGAAGAAUUUGAAGCUAGGCUCAUUUUUGAGAUCUCCAAAGCCUUGGUUGCUUCUAAUGAACUAUACACCAAGUAAUUCUUGUCUUAUAUCUUUUUUUCUUAAAGAAAAUAACAUGUCUCUAUCUUAAUAACGGUUAUUUCAAGAAAAUUGGUAUAUCCAAAAUUGUGAUAUACUAAUUUUGUCAAAUUGAUUCCUCGGAAAAUGUUGAGGAUAUAAUUAGACUUAUUCAUAUGUUGAGAAUUUUAUUGAUAUAGAUGUUCAUAAGUUGUACAAGAACUCGUUUAUUUCAUUUA